AUGGGAAAUUAGACUUUAUGUCAAGCAGAUAUAAAUGAUAUAUAAUUAUAAGCUUAGAAUUAAAAUAAAAAGAUGAAAGUGAAUCAAGUUAAAUAAUUUACAAAGUUCAAUGAUGAUUAAACAGGAAAAUAAUCUUUAAUUGUAAUUCAUUCUUAAGAAUAAUAAUAAAUUUCAUUACUAAAUGAAUGGCUUGAGUGUUUACAUGAAUCUGUAUUAAUAACUUAAUUUGAUCAUAAAUAUAAUACGACUACAAAUUUUUUUUCUCAUAUUGACGAUGAAAACUAAAUUAAUGAUCCUAAGAUUUCAAUUAUUGAAUAAUAAGAUCUUUAUGAAUAUAAAAAAAGCUAUCCUUAUUGUAAUUCAAUUUUAUAUAUUAUAAUAAUUAAUUUCUAUGUUUUAAAGAAAUAUGAAUUUAUGUAAUAAUCAUUAAUAUGUUUAGAUCUAAACUUAUUAAAGGGCCUCCAAAAUAAAGAAUUAGAUGGUCAUGUUGGUAAUUAAUGGUCAACAUUCCUAAUUAUUAUAUUCAAUCUGAUCAUCUAUCUUUUAUUGAGGAAGAUUAAAAAUAAACUUCUGCUAUUAAAAAAGACACACAUAGAACAGUUUCAACUAAAGAUAUUAAAUAUUUUGAAACUGGUUAAGGUAAAAAAGAUCUUGAAAUUGUAUUAAUAAAACUAUCAAAAUUAUUUCCAAAACUUGGAUAUUGUUAAGGCAUGAAUUUUCUUGCUAGUUUUACUUUAAUUAUAAAUAAUAAAAAUAUAACCUAAAGUCUUUAAUUUUUGGCUCAAAUGAUGAUUAAUCCAAAAUUUUUAGUUUAUUAUCUUUAUUUAGAAGAGAUACCAUUAUUAAAAUUACUUGAAUUUAUUUGCUAAUAAGAAAUUAAAUUUAAAUUACCUGAUCUUUAUAAUCAUAUCUAUUUUAAAUUAUAAGUUUAAAAUGCAUUUUGGUUAACUAAAAUAAUAAUGACCCUUUUUUUAUAUAAUUUUCAUAUUAAUAAUGUUUGCAGACUUUGGGAUUUCAUUAUAGCAACUAAUAUAUUUUAAAUGUCAGCGAUUAUAUGUUCAUUUCUUCAAAUUAAUAAAAAUUAAAUAUUUUAAAUGGAUGAUCUAAAUGAAUUUGUUAUAUGGUUUGAUAAACAUUAAAAUAAAGAAAUACCUUAUAAAUAAAUGGAAAAUAUAAUAUCAAAGUCUAUUAAUUAUACUAUUAAUAUAGAAAAAAUUAAUUCAUAUGCUAAUUUAUAUUGCAAAGGUCAUUCUAAUAACCAUCCCAUACAAGUUGAAAUUUCUAAAAAUUAUGAUAAAAUAACUUAAUUAACAAAUUUUAUAAAAAAAGACAUAUUCGAUUGA